AGUAAAUAAUGGAGGGUAUGUGUUAUUUUUCAUUAUCUCCUGCGUUACUUACUUCGCAUGGUUACAAAUUCUGAACUUCCUUUUUACUGGGAAAUUUUGCAAAUUAUGAAAGUCAGAAGUACAUCAUCACUAGUUGAGAGACCUCGGUUACAAAACAUUUGUCAGUCACAAAGUGACAUGACUACAGCGGCAUCUCAAAAGUCAGCAUUUACAAAUGAGGAAGAGCCAGGGAGGCAACUUCAAUAUCAAGACUCACACAGCAAUCAAGAACAUGCUCUAGAUGGACCAUCCGAACUGACAAAGGACUCGAUUACCUGCACGAAAACCACUCAGCAUCUCUGUACAUCUGAACCUCAGGAGAGGCAGAACAGGGUGACAGGGAUAAGGCAAGAGCUCUUAGCCUCAGAAGACGAGUUCAUUAAGCUAAAGACAGAGUUCAGUAUCUGUAAGCACGUCUUAGAAGAACGUUUGAUAGAGCUGCGAAAUAUUUCAGAAUCGGCGAAAAAAGAGAUAGAAAACCUGAAAACAUCACUUGAUUUCCAGAUACAAGAUGCAAAGCGUCAUCUAGAGCGCCAAAAAGAACUUCAAGUAUCUGUGGAGGGGGAAGACAAAGAGCUGCGAAGAGAUUCUGAGAAGUGUAAGCAAGCCACAAAAAAACGAUUAGAGGAAUUCAAUCAGCUUAGAGUAUUUGUAGAGAGGGACACAGAAGAGCUACGUAAAGAUUUUGAGAGGUCAAAGCAAGCUGCCAAAGAGCAAGUAGAGGAACUUAAUCGGCUUAGAGUACUUGUAGAGAGGGAUAAAAAGGAGCUACAAAAAGAUUACGAGAAGUGUAAGCAAGCUACAAAAGAACAGUUAGAGGAAUUCAAUCAGCUUAGAGAUUAUGUGGGACGGUGUAAAGACGACCUCAGGGGAAACUUUGCAAUGGGUAAGCAAGCCGCGAAUGAGGAUAUAGAGGAAUUAAGAGAGCCUAGAGACAUAAACAAAAAGGAACGCCAUGAGAGUGGGGAAAACUUGCCAAUGAAUUCACGUAAACGGCCGAUUUUAAAAAGACUGAAAGGCUUGUUUGGUAAAACGUCAAGUAGGCGAAAGAAGAAACUUACAACUGAAGAGGCCUCAAACCUUCAUCCAUAUAAUCUCAAAUUUGAGGAAACAGACUUAUUUGUGACGACAAAUGUAGACGCGCUACAAAGGCGUAGAGAUUUUAAGAGGUCAAACCAGGCUGCCGAAGAGCAAUUAGAGGAGCGUAAUCGGUCAAGAGGAACAACGCUAUCUCUAAAAGAUGAGUACUUUACUAGUGAUAUCGAGGCUGAUUCUGAUUCCGACUCUGGAAGACCACGAAGAAGGUUUAAAUCACUCUGCAAGUCAAAACUGAAAGCGUCUAGUCUAAGCACAGACUCAGUCGCAGGAUUCAACGGCACAGCCAGCUCUAUAUUUGGUUAUCUGACAGAUACGGAGCUGUACAACCCGUCUCGGUGCAGUUCGAAUUCUGGUGCUUCUUAUAUCCUAUCAAGUGCUAGGGGAUCAGUAAAAAGUCAAACCCGACGUCGAAGUGGAAGGUCCCGUGUCUUCAUGGAUGACGAAGAAAUAUUUGGAGUCUUCAAAGAUAUAUAA